UCCUCUCAAAGCAGGUGUGGUUUCGGUCUGCUGUUUCAGGAGCCGAACAGAGACUUCCUCAUAACUUAAACGCCCAGGCUGGACCCCAAAUCAUGACAAUGGCCUUUUUGGGAAAACUGAAGAACCCAAAUCCUGUACCUUCACCUCCUCCCAGACAGCCAGGCAAAACCUCACAGAGUGAGCUUAUAGAUGAUGUGUAUGGGGAUACGUAUGAAAUCCCUCCCUGUGAGCUUUCGCCUCGUGACGUCCCACAGACGCAAGCGCAGGACAACAUUUACUCGGACGACAGGCCACCCAACCCAGCAAUUCCCAAGAGGGAGGCUGCCCCUCCACUUCCCCACCUAUCUAAAAAUCUGAAACGACAACAACGUCAAGAUUUAUUCAGCGAUACGAAAAAACCACCUCAAGUAGACAGAAAUGAGAAGCCUGGGAGGAGGAAGAUGAUGCCGCUUCCUUCUCUAGCCUCUGAGUCUAUUGAUGAAGAUGUUUAUGAGGAUCCAAACGAAGAGCCGGAAAAAAAUGAUGGCCUGUAUGUGGAGCCAGAAGCAGUGUGCCCUACUGCUACACGUGCACCAAUGAGAAAGCCCACGUCUCCCUUAACACCUUCAGUUCCUAUACCGAUCAGGGUGAAGCCUCCGAUUCCUGGAGGGAAAUCUAGUUCAAUGUUUCCUCCAGUGAUUGACAGAAGAACAGGUCAGGAGCCAUCUUCUGUAUUAAAACAAAAUAUGAACCAACCUGCUAAGUAUAAGCAUCCCACAUGUCGCACCGAAUUUGCCACUCUUACUCCCGGUGUGAUCUCUCUGCUAAAGCCUCAGGGUGGAAUGAGAGCAAAUAAACCGUUGAGGUAUGAGGUCAAAGAGUGGUUUGGUGGAGACUGUUCAAGAAAGACGGCCGAGGAUUUGCUGGAGAGCGUAAACAAGGAUGGUGCCUUUCUCAUUCGCCACAGCUCGGACCAAAGAAGCUGUCAGCCCUACACCCUCGUCGUGCUGUACCAGCAGAAGGUCUACAACGUCCCCAUCCGUUUCCUGGAGGACGUGCAAGGUUAUGCCCUUGGAAAAGAGGGCAAAAAGAAUGAAGAGACUUUCAGCAGUCUCGAUGAGAUUAUUUCUCACCACCAGAAAAAUCAACUGCUCCUGAUUGACAGCAAGAGCCAGGCCAAGCACUCAGUACAUUUAACUUACCCUGUACGCCCUUAAGACUGCAUUUACAUUAUGAUGAGUUGACAAGGGUCAUAAGGUCAAAAGUUCAAACAAAGUUUGCAAUGGGAAGUUCAGUCACUUCUCCACAAAACCAGCAAAAUAAAGAACUUCAGGUAACGCUGAAAAUAAUCAGCAAGGUCCUGAUGUGGAUGAAGAUACAAUUUCAUAUGAGGUUUUUCUGAUAAUUUUUCUCAUUUAUCGUAUUUUUAAAAAAAUGCAAGCUUUGAUUUCUUGCCUGAAAUGAUAGCCUGUUAGUUAACUUGAACGUUUUUAUUUGCUUCUGCAAACACAAACCUGAUAUUGAUGCUUGUAGGGCUCAUAAACAGUUGAUCAGAGUGAAGUACGGUGGUAGUCCACCUUUUUUUUCUACUCUUAUAUUAUAUUAUUUCAUGUUACAUCUGGAUGAAUCACUACUUUUUCUUUUAGCAAUAUUUGUUCGCACUUUGAAAAUAGUGGGACUCUGGAAAACAGGAAAAGUUUCACAUGUUUGCCUCUUUUUAUACAAGAAGACUCAAAGCAUUUCAGAUUUAAAACUGCAAUGCAACAGCAUCCAAGUUUGUUUUCUUUAAAAAAAGGGGAUCACAUUCAUAUUUCUUUAGCUGUUAUUUAGUUUACUUUAUUUGAGAGUAAAAAUCGUUACUUUUGGUGUGAUACUUUAGUGUGAUAGCAGACUGCAUUUAAAAAAAGGACACUUUUUCUAAAAGUUGCUAUGUGCAGAGCUGUUUUGACUUGGAAUAAAGAACUGACUGGAGAUCAA